GGGCCGGCCGGACACCACGGGCACUGUAAGCCCUGGAGUGGCCGCAGAGACGGUGGACAGCGAGCGGGGAUGAGCGCGUCCCUGAGCCGGGCGGCGGCGGCUCUGCUGCGCUGGGGGCGCGUCGCGGGUGGCGGAGGCCUGCCCGGAGCCGGCGUGCGGGCGGCGAGCUCGGGCAGCCAGGCGGAGCAGCUAGACGCGCUGGUGAAGAAGGACAAGGUGGUGGUGUUCCUCAAGGGAACGCCCGAGCAGCCCCAGUGCGGCUUCAGCAACGCCGUGGUGCAGAUCCUUCGGCUGCACGGUGUCCGCGACUAUGCGGCCUACAACGUACUGGAUGACCCGGAGCUGAGGCAAGGUAUUAAAGACUAUUCCAACUGGCCAACCAUCCCGCAAGUGUACCUCAACGGCGAGUUUGUGGGGGGCUGUGACAUCCUCCUGCAGAUGCACCAGAAUGGGGACCUAGUGGAGGAACUGAGAAAGCUGGGGAUCCGCUCUGCCCUGACUGACGACAAGAACCAGGACUCCAAGUGAGGGCUCCGGUCCUCGCGGGCACAGCGUCCUCUCCAUCCUCCGGGCGGAAAAGCCUUACUGCGUGGUGGUGUCCUGUUGCUGUGCCGCCUGCCCUGGGCCUCCUGGCUUGCAGUCGGGCAGGUGCUUUUACUUUAGUCUUUGGCUCAGAAUCCCCUCUGGUGAACUUAGAACCACUGCACUGUAAAUCAAUGGCGUGACCCUGUGUGGCUGUAACCCUAAUCUGUUCUUACGCUGACAUCAUUCUCUGCCGGCUUCGGGAGUCAGUCCUGAUCUUGUGGUUUGGGUUGUAGGCCCCUGAUGUUUUUGUAACUUCCUCUCUAAGGGAAAUGAUGGACAGAGAAGAAAAUGUGGUGGCUACUGUUGUUUUUUUUAAAUAGAUUGCCAACACAGA